CAGCUGAUAGUCGCGUUGCCAACUUUUGCGCGGUGCUUAUUGAUUUUUCGUGUGCUUCGCUACAAAUUGAUAGCAAUGUUGUAAAGGCGACAAUAUUUUUAAAUAAUUAAAUUAAAAUUACCAUGUUGCGUCAAGAGAACUUGGCUGCAAACUUCUGUGGCCUACUUGCGGCCCAAGGCUACAAAGAGAAGUCGAAUGAGUGGCGAAUUUUGGGCCAGGAGCAGGACGGCUCGCUGCUAACUUCAUGGAUAUUCGAGGACUUGGAUGAGCCUAGUAAGCGUGAAACGUGCAUCGGUCACUUUCAUGCCACCAAAAAGCAGGUACGGGUGCUUUGGACUCUGCCAGGCUGUGUCGAAAUUAUCCAGGCGAGCAUCAACAGCAGCAUUACUUUGUUGUCUUACGUGGUCAAAGCAUCGCUGCGCUAUCAGGCCUUUAUUGUGGAAGUGCGAAGUAGUGAGGGUGGGACUCCCACAUGCCUCACGGCUGAGCCAUCCACUCGUCAGAUUAUGACGCAGUUCCUUUGGCGAGUGGAGAGCGCUACGCGCACUUACUGGCAGGACAAGCUUUUGGUGCUCACACACGAAGACUCUAUUAAGCAGUACAGCUGCACGGUUAAACAAAGCUCUACGACUUCUCAAACUGGCAGUGCAGAGGGCAGCGCAUGGCGCUUGGACGUCAGCAUAUUAACCCAUGAGACUUUGGCCAAGAACUUUAGCUGGGCGCAGUGGGAUGCUGAGUGUCAAGCACUCUACUACAUACACCUCAAGCCAAAGGCCGUAAGUCUCAGUUUGCUCGACGAACGGGAGCAGAUAGGCGAACAGGCUGCGCCGGUGCUCAGUCCCACGCUGUCUGCAUUUCAGUUCAACGAAAAACAACCGACGGAAACAGUUCUAAACAUUCCACUCAAUUUGCCAAAACUGCCCGCGAAUGCCGCAGAGGAAGCGCCCAGCUACGAUGACGAUGCUGUGCCAUUGCGCGUACACGACAGUUCACUGAAUCUGAUCAUCCUGGCCGAUAGCUCGGGUAUGUUCUUCGUGUGCCACUAUUAUCUCUACCAGCCUAUGCAACCUCAGCAUGCGCAGGAAAAUAAGACCACUAAGCAGCAGCAGCAGGAUGUUCACUUCGCCUACUCCGUGUCUCUGUUGCAUCACGGCUGUGUGGUGCACUGUGUCAUGCCGGGCGUGCCCUGGAACAAAGCGCGCCUGCUGCGCCCAACCUUUGCGCUUCAGGGCUCGCAUCAUCUGUUGGUUUCAUCGGCUAUCUUUGUGCAUCUGCUCGAUGUGGGACUGCAACACGAGCCCACAUGCCAUAUUGUUUGCCCGGCUAUAAUCAAUCGAGGUCCCGAUGUAACGCACCUGGUGCCGCUGCGCAAGUGGGGCGCAUUAGCCUUUGAUGCUGCUACUUUAGACUUGGUUUCAUUGAGUGUGCCAAAGGCACAUCUAAUUGAAACAUUCCGCAAUGAUAACUCGCUGGAUAACCGCAUCAGCAUUAUACAUUACUUUCUGAUCCAUUCCACUGACAUGGAUGUUUUGGCCGAGCUGCUGAGCAGCAUAUUGGAGCGACCUCUUUCGCUGGACACCGUUGCACUAUUGAAGGAGGCGCUCAUUGCUGGUAGCUAUGCAGCAGCAGUGCGCGGAUUGCCCGAUGAGGCAAAACCACUGAUGCGUCUGCUUCCCCUUACCACGGCGAUUGCCACGCGGCCUAUUCAAGCACGGGUUGCAGACAUCAACGUGGGCCUAUCGCACGAGGCGCUGCACAAUACUAGCAUGAUGCUUCUCUCGCCGCAGCAGCGUCUGUCUCCAUAUCGUACGGACAUUUGGACACGACUGUGGGAGCUACUUAACGAGUCUGCCAAGCAGGAGCAACCACGAUUUGCGGCCGAGCAGGUGACAGAGAAGCUGAUCUUUAGUCUGGCUUGCUACCAGCCGGAGGCACUUUCCCGCUGCACGACACCCAUGACACCGGACGCAGGCAGCGGUGGCUUUGGCGACUACAGCAGUGGCAGCGCCUUUCCCUUCAGCAACGAAGUGCUGCCCUUCAUUGAGCUCGAGGGUUGCACGGCCAGCAAGCAGGAGCACGUGCUAUCCGUUUAUCUUCGGGAGCUUAGCGUGCAUCUGGUCAAGCAUUCGUCAAAACCGCAUUCGGGGUUCCGCUGGCUGAAGGAAACCUUUUUUGAGCGUUCGCAGGCUCCAGCCCAUGUGCAUGCAGUUGCUUCGCAAUUUGUUUCCGCUCAGUUGGAGCUGUCACGUGCGCUUUGCUCGCUGGUUUGUCGGGCUGCCGGCUUGGAUGCGCGCUUGGAGACAUUGCGUGGCUUUCAACUGAUCGACCAGAUGUCCAGCAAUCAGCAACACUCGCUAUUUUUGAUACUGGAACGUUAUUGUUUGGCCGUGGAAUCGAUUGCCUUUCCGCUGCCCGAAGGCUUCUCAUCGUUCUUCACGUACUUAGGCUAUCGAGCCCUGGACUAUGACAUGUUUUUGCAAUACGUGGAGAAUCAUGUGUUCGAGCUGCAAGUCGAUGUCAUGAAGACAAUUGUCUACGAUAUCGAGGACACGCCGCAGGGCGUCGAGCGCAAGCUGUCGCUGCUCUCGGCUCUGCCAAAACAACGUGCUCAACGUUUGUUAAAAUGCUGGCAGCAUCCAGAGAGCCUUAUGAUACGCGGUCGAGAACAUGCGGCCAAUAUUUUAUCGGGUCAGCAUCAGGAACCGGCACAGCGAAGCGGAUCUGGUGGCGUUUCGCAAUCACGAAUGCAUACCAGAACCGCACUGGGCAAGCCCACAACCGUCGUUUGUCACUCGUUGCUUUUGGGUUUUUUUCUUAUAAUUUUAACCACAGCCAUUUUAAGCAUUGCACGCUUCAUGCUUGUGCAGCGAGCCGCCAUUUGGUAAUCACUUAGUUAGCCACAACCCGUCCCGAUCGUCUUCUGGUUGAUCUCACGGCGGAAACGCUGUCGCCGCUGGACUCCUUUCUCGACCUGCUUACGGCUAAGGCGAGCCUCAACGAAUUGGAU